GUUCAAUCGUUUUAACACGUUUCUGUCAAUCAGUCUCAGUUACCGAUAUACCUACGACCAUUAGCUAAAGUGUACAGAACGUCUGUCUGUCGCGUUAGCGCAUUGCCGUCCUGUCGCGUAGUGUGUAGGCUACAAACACAGAGGCAGCACUCUGUCGCAUUUAUCACCAUUUGCUAUCAUCGUGCGCGCGCUGCGCUUGCGGCAUGGAUUCACGUACAUAUGGACGUGUGUAGCCAUGGGUGCUGCACUGCCAUUUGAUCAAUGAAAUCUUACAUGCAGACAAGACGACGACGAGCAAUGAAAUCUUACAUGUCUGUAUAUAUACGAAAUGUGUAUACAUAUUGUGUGUGUAUACGACAUACAGACAUACAGACAUACGUACGAACAAUACGGAAUACGGAAGCGAUAGUGUACAGACAGAGGGAAUGAAAGCAAAGCAAGCAAAGGUGAACUCCCAGUCAGCCGUUGUCAAUGACAUCUGACGACAGACAAAGAGGACAGACAGGCAGCAAUCAUGACACACACACAUGCACGUGGGCUUGUUGCAAUGCGUGUGUGAGUGAGUCAGCGUGUGUGUACUUUCGACAUCCAUCGUGACGACAUAGGUGGGGACCACAUGCUCUCUGACACACUCCUCGCCAGACGUCCUCUCGUACCCCUGCGUAUGCAAAGAAAAGCGAUGAGAGACAUUGCAUGCCGCCCGUGUCUCGUCAGGUUUGUGCGUGCCUGCGGACACGAGAGCGUCCCCUGGCGAAAUAUCAGCUGAAUGCACUGGCCGCGCUGGUACUCGUAACCUGAUGGGAGGCACACACACACACACACACACAAUCACACAAUCACACCAAUCGAGUCGGUUGGUGAGUGAGAGCGUCACCUCACCUAGUGGACAUGCCACCUCAGGCUCGAUCCUCUCCACCUUCACGCAUACACCCUCCGCCAACCGGUCGCCAUCAGAGCACUCCUGUCUGUAUGGCCGCCUCCUUUGUCGGCAGCAUCGGUCCUCACUGGCACCGCAGGUGUGGAAGUCCCGCGGGCACCUGAACUCGGGCUCCUCGUACGAAACCUCCAUGCACUCGGGGAUGCCAUUGUCCUCAUCCACGCCGCCGAGGUCGAAUUCGCUGCCUGGCGGGCACUCGAACAUGGGCAUCUCGCGGAGAAUCUUCAACACGCACAGACACGAGAAGGUUCGUGCAUAGGCAGGCAAGAGACAGGAGGGAUCUGUCGCGUCGCCUUUCUCCUACCUGUAUGCAGCUGUCAGGGUCUUCAGGGUCACGAACGAGGCCGGUAGGGCAUUUGAUGAUCAUUCGCUGGCAGCCGUCGCCAUUCAGCUCGACGGCUGGCAGGUGCUCGCCAUUGAGCUGGCGGUCGCGCUGCGUGUGGAUGUCACACCCCACUGUGGCGGGGUACAUAUUGCGAGACACACAGGACACCUGACCUUCAACGCGCGACUCCCCAUAGCCUUGCAGACAAAGAGCGUGUGUGCAUGUAGGUGUCGCAACAACCAGGCCCUUAUAUAGUUACCUGGCGGGCACUGACGCUCCAGGGAGAGAGAUAUCCUCCUGACACACUCGAAAUCGCCAGACUCUUGAUCCACAAAUCCGUCGGGACACGCCAAUUGUGGCUCGACGUCCACUGUAUCGUCCACACAAGUGCUCCCUUCGUCGGUGGUGCUGCAUGGACUGGGGGGCGAUGCGGAAUCUUCGCUGGUGAAAAGGCAGGUGGUCGUUGACUCGACGAGUGUUGAGCCACGAGGACAGCGCAAUUCGCGGCGGCUGAGCUCGACGUCAAAGCACUCACCGUCAGUGAGAAGAGUCGCUGCGACACAGAACGGAGGAACACACAUACAAAGGGGAGGCAUCACGUGGAUGUCGCGUCUCUUCCCUCAUCGUCUUACCAUUGCACACAUAUAGGGGUUCGAUCGUCUCCAUCGCCACGCAAUCGCCGUCUUCGUCGAGUACCCCACCCGCCGCACAGCCAAGCUCUGGCGGCAGCGAGUCGACAGCCACGCAGAAGUCCCCCGACAAAGCACUUUUGUUGAAGCCAUUCGGGCAUGGUGGCUCUGCCCCCGGUGUGGCCUUGGCCUUGAGCAGGCACAUCCCUCGAUGCAUGUCAUACGGCUCGGGGCAGGUUUUGAUGGGAACACGGGCCACAGACUUGACGCAGACGAGCCCAGAGGCAUCCAGGUGCAAGCCCUGCACACAGACAAGGGACAUGUGGGACAUGUGAUCGAUAUUCAAACCACAUAAUAGGGGCAGGUCUUACUGCAGAGCAGUGGUUCUUCGGCUUGGCAGUGUACACUAUCACACAGUCACCGUCACCGUCGUCCCAUCCGUCCGGACAUCCGAGUGAGGGGGGGCUUUCGAACUUCAUGACGCACCUGCCCCGCUCCAGGUUAUACCCCUGUUCGCAGCUGAGCUCCGCAGCGGCCCACCGUCGCUCCACACAUGCUAUCUCCUCGUCAUCCGAUUCGGCGUUUCGCUCGGCACGAGAGCCCUCGGGACAUGUCACCUGACACGUGUGUGAGGGAUGGCAACACACAAACCGGCAGAUCUACCCUUCAUUCGGCUCCUUGCCUUCGCAGGCCCGACCCCCACCAACCUGAGGUGGGAUGCGGGUCAUCUUGACGCAUUCGUCUCUCAGCUCAUCCAUCUGGUACUUGUCCGGACAAAAGCUUUCCUGGGCGACAGACAGCAGAGCGAAGACGACGGAGACGAGCACCAGAGCGAAUAUGAAGACAACCAACGCCGCCCUCAGCCGCAUCUGCCAGAUCCUCGGUCCUCCAGAACACACACCAGCACCUCACUCGAGAGCACCCUCGGGUGACCAACUCACUUCCUUCGCAGACAACAAAUGCAUGGUACGAACGCUGUCAAAAGUAACACAAUAGCGAAG